ACAGGUUGAAGAUACAAUAGAUAACAGCUAAGCAGUGACAGGUGAGCUCCUCCUUUAGACUGGGACGCUGAGCAGAGACGAGCUGGACAUGGCUGGGUACAAGCCUAAGGUGAUUUCUCUAACCAAGAGACCGGGCCAUACAUUUGGCUUCUACUUGAGGGUGGAGCAGGGUGAGGAGGGUCACCUGAUCCGCUGCCUGGAAAUGGGAGGUCCAGCUGAACUGGCUGGUAUGAAAGAUGGAGAGCGCAUCCUGCGGGUCAAUGGAACAUUUGUUGAUGCAAUGUCCCACUCAGAGGUUGUGGACAUUGUGAGAAACAGUGGCGCAUCAGUCACAUUCCACAUCCUGGAUGAAGCCUCCUACAAGCAAGCAAAAGCACAGGGAGAGAACCUGUCUGGCUCUCAGAGCACACCAGUUGUCAACGGUGUGGGCAAACAGGAUCCAAAACCCAAACUCUGCUACCUGGUUAAGUCCAGCUCAGGUUUUGGUUUUUCUCUUCGCUCAGUCAAAGGUGAGCAGGGUUUGUUCAUGACAGAGGUGACCCCAGGAAGCGUGGCUCACAGGGCAGGGGUCAAACUCAACGACCGUCUGCUGGAGAUCAACGGGGAGAACAUAGAAGACUGCACACACGAUCAAGUAGUGGACAAGAUCAAACUGGCUGGCAGCAGCCUAAUGGUCCUGUUGGUGGAUGAGGAAACAGACAGGUUCUACGGGAACAAGCGUAUAAAGAUAGGAGCAUGGUUAGCCACAGCCAAGUAUCUCCCUCACAAGCCACGCAUCAUCAACAUGACCAAAGGAUCUGAUGGCUAUGGCUUCCUCCUCAGGGAGUAUCCCAGGCAAACAGGCCACUUCAUCAAGGAUAUAGACAAAGGCAGCCCAGCAGAAAGAGCAGGUAUAAAGGAAAUGGACAGACUAGUGGCUGUGGAUGGUAAGGAGGUGGACGGCUGCAGCCAUGAGCAAGUGGUGGACAGGUUCAGGCAGAGUGGCAACAACUGCUGCCUCCUAGUGGUGGACAAAGAAACGGACCAAAUAUAUAAGCAGGGGAAAGUGUCUCCUAUGCUGUUCUACGAGGAGAUGCAGGAGUCCAACUCACCGCCCAGUUACACAGAGGCCUUAAAUUUACCUGCUCCUGUCCGACCCUCCACAACUGUUCAGGGGAGGAAGGAGGAGCUUAGGCCUAAACUGUGUAAGAUGGAGAAGACCUCAGCUGGCUAUGGCUUUCACCUAAACGGCAUCCAGGGGAUGUGUGGACAGUACAUCAAAGACGUGGUGAAGGGUGGAGUGGCUGACAUGGCUGGUCUGGAGGAUGACGACAUUGUGGUGGAGGUGAACGGAGUAAAUGUGGAGCAGAGCAGCCAUGACGAGGUGGUGGCAAUAAUCCGCAGCUGUGGCAGCUCUCUGGAGAUGCUGGUGGCUAAAAGAAACGUCUAUGACGAGCUCAAAGCUAAAGGAGUGACCAUCACACGCCUGCUCCUCGGGGAAACAUCUUAUGCCCAAGUCCACUAUGCAGAUACUCCAGAGACCAGCACGGAGGAGCGACAUGAGAAAGAGGCCAGACCUGAAUCCCCCCCUGAACCAGCAAAAGAGAGGUCCUCAUCAUCUUCCUCUGAAGACAGUUUCGACGAGAGACUCUAAGAAGCCACCAAAAGGAUCCGUUUCCUGAUUUGGCCUACGUCAA